AUGGCUCAAACACAAGGCACCUGCGACCCCAGGUUUGAGGAAGUUCGCACUCAGCUGCAGCAAUUUAUCGAAUCAGGAGAAGAAGUUGGAGCUGCCAUCACAGUCAAUCUCGACGGCAAAGACGUCGUCGACAUUUGGGGUGGAUAUGCCGACAAAGAAAACAACAAGCCUUGGGACAAGGACACCAUCGUCAACGUCUUCUCCACGACAAAGGACGUCUUGGCCCUCGCUGUUCUCAUUCUUGUUGACCGCAAAGUCUUCUCAGUCACCGACAAGGUCUCAAAAUACUGGCCCGAGUUCGCCGCCAACGGCAAGGAGAACAUCGAGAUCAGACAUAUUCUAUCACACACCUCGGGCGUCUCGGGCUGGGAUGCGGACCGACCACUUUCUUUUGAGGAAAUCUCCAACUUUGACGAGGCCAACGCGAAGCUGGCAGCUCAGGCACUCUGGUGGACGCCCGGCUCGGCUUCGGGAUAUCACACGUGGACUUUCGGGCACCUCUUGAACGAGAUUGUCCGCCGCGCAACCGGCACUUCGCUCAAGGACUUUGUCUUGGAGGAGAUCGUUAAGCCUCUGGGUGCUGAUUUCCAGUUCGGCGUUGCUGAAAGUGAUCUGCCUAGAACAACGGACAUCAUCUCCGUGCGCCUGCCCCCACUUACCCCUGGUAUGGGUCCACAACCAGGCUCCAUCACCUUCAAGACGAUGAACCCCAUGCCCUUUCCAACCAACUUCGCCAAUACACCGUCGUGGAGAAAGGGAGAUAUCCUUUCUGCAAGUGGACACACCAAUUCUCGCGCUCUUGCUCGCAUCCUGUCGGCAAUUAGCCUCGGUGGUAGCGUUGACGGCAAGCAGCUGCUCUCACAGGAGACUGUCGACCUGAUUUUUGACGAGCAGGCUAACGGAGUCGAUCUCGUCACCGGCAUGCCUCUACGCUUCGGCAUUGGUUAUGCAGUAACGGGAGAAGGAAACACGGUCGUUGCAGACUUUUUGCCAAACGGGCGUGUGGCCUUCUGGGGAGGCAUGGGUGGUUCGCUUGCUAUCAUGGAUGCCGACAGGAAACUCACCAUCACAUACGUGAUGAACAAGAUGUCGAUGUCGGGUGUCGGAAACAAUGUGGUAAAGGAAUACGUGAAGUCUAUCUACAAGGCAUUGGAUGCUGCUUGA